GCAGUGCCAGUCGUGUCCCAGCAGCGGCACCGUCGACAUGUAGCUGCGUUGGGGUGGCUUCCUUCCGCUCGUGCUCCUCGCCCUGGUCGUCGAGGCGUUAGUGUUAGCGAGAUAAGCCUACAAGCGGGUGUAUUGUUUUUCUUCCUUAGGCCCAACAGGAGUGUGCAGUGAGUGAGUGUAUAACUUAAGUCAAAACGCAACAAGUACCUGAGAGAUUAAGAUAUAGUUUAUAAAUGUAUAUGUCUGUGUAUAUAUAUAUAUAUGAAUAAAAAGAGAGGACCCCACCCCCCAAAAAAAAUUAACAAAGAACGAACGAAAGCCAAAGAGAGACGAAACAAAUAGACCGAUAGACAAACUCACCUCCCCCUCCCCCACAAAAAAAAAAAAAAAAAAAUUAAGACAAUGAGAGCGAGAGCGUCUUACCCUGAGGGACGCCGAAGACUCCUGAUGGCGGCGCUGAGUCUCUUUUCGCUGGUGGUGUUAGCGCCGGUUGCCGUGGCCCAGUUCAAGACGGAGCGGCCGCCAUAUCCGGACUUCCUUAAUUACGGAAAGAAAAAGUUCACCAAACCCGGAAUCGAACUGGAGAAUGAGAUUAUCAAGUCCAAAGUCGAGGUUCUGGGCGAAAUCCUCAAGAGCCACGUCCAUCAGCUGAGACAGGCGCCGGGCCAAAGAGUGGAGCUGGUGUUCCUCGUCGACGCCUCGGCCUCCGUCGGCGCAGAAAACUUCUUCAAUGAGAUCAAGUUCGUCAAGAAGCUGUUGGCGGACUUCGCUGUCUCGUAUAACCAGACCCGGGUCGCUGUCAUCACGUUUUCGAGCAAGAGCAAGGUGAUCCGACACAUCGAUCACGUGACCCAAGCAUCUCCUGACAACCACAAAUGCACCUUGUUAGAGACGGAACUACCGAGAAUCAAGUACUCAGGUGGCGGAACCUACACCUUGGGGGCAAUGCUGGAAGCUCAGAGUGUCCUCGCCCUCGCCCGCAACGACGCCAGAAAAGCCGUGUUCCUGGUGACCGACGGAUACAGCAACGGCGGCGACCCAAGACCCGCGGCCGCUUUCCUGCAGGCUCGGGGCGUCACCAUCUUCACCUUCGGCAUCAGGAAUGGCAAUGUCAAGGAGCUGUAUGACAUGGCAUCUGUGCCGAAGGAGGAACACUCCUACAUUCUCGACACCUUUGAGGAGUUCGAAGCUCUGGCGAGGAGGGCUCUGCACGAAGACCUGCACAGCGGCUUCCUCAUCCACCAGCCUCCCCGGACGUGUGGGAAGCUGUGCGAGGAAGGGACCUACUGCUGUGACGCCGACGCAGCCUGCACGUGCGACACACACACGGGGCACUACGCCUGCACGUGUCGCAAGGGUUACUACGGCACGGGGAUUCUGGGCGACUGCAGACCGUGUCCGCCUGGCACCUACCGGACGCACCAAGGGCCUGGCGACGUGUCCUCGUGCUCGCCGUGUCCAGACCCACACAUGGUGAGCGACGCGGCCUCCACCUCGCCCCAGCAGUGCUACUGUAAGAGGGGCUUCAAGCAAGUGGGCCAGGAGUGCCUCAUGUUGCAGUGUCCAGUGCUCGCUCCUCCGGAAAACGGCUACUUCGUGCGCAACACUUGCAACAACGUGGUCAACGCGGCGUGCGGCGUGCGUUGCAACCCUGGCUACACCCUCAAGGGCUCCUCCAUCAGGAUGUGCGGCGAGAACGGCGAAUGGACGGGGUGGAACGCCCGAUGUGUCAUGAAAUCCUGCCCAAGUCUCAAGCCCAUGGCCCACGGGACGAUGGUGUGCACGCAGACCACGCCCAUCAUGGACACCGAGUGCCACUUUACCUGCGAUCCGGGAUACCAGCUCGUGGGGUCCAAGAUGAGGACCUGCCUGCCGGUGGCCAUGUGGGACGGGAUACCAGCCUAUUGCAAACCCAUCUUCUGCCCGCGCCUUCCUCCUCUCCUCAACGGCAGGAUCCGACCCGGUUCCUGCUCCUCCUCCAAGUCCAAGUACGGGUCGAGGUGCGAGUUCGCCUGCGACUCCGGGUACCAGAUAAGUGGGCCGAUUAAGACCACUUGCAUCGACCCCGGAGUGUGGUCGGAGGGCCACAAGUCGCCUCGGUGUGUAGACGUAACUCCACCAGUGAUUCAGUGUCCAGAGAACAUAACAACAGCAACCGAAACUCACGAAGCCUAUGCAAACGUCACAUGGAAUCCACCUCACGUAAAAGAUAACUCCAAGGGCAAGAUCAAAUUACACACAGUCCCCGCCACCAGCCAGCCCAUGAAAAUGAAAUUAGGGAACCAUACCAUUACUUACGUCGCCAUGGACAAACUAGGGAACAAGGCAUCGUGCGAAUUUUCUGUCACCGUCGUUGACAAGGAACCACCGCGAAUAGACGAGUGUCUAUCCCCUCCUGUCUUCCUGUCCCACGAGGAGGUGGUGGACGUGUACUGGGAGGAACCUCUAUUUUCGGAUAAUUCUGGAGGAGAAGUGAAGAUAACACGAUCGAAGGAGCCCGGGCGGUUCCCUCAAGGAGACACCUUGGUAGAAUAUUGGGCAGAGGACGCGGCAGGCAACGUAGCAACUUGCAACAUAACCAUCACGGUUCAAAAACACGCCUGCCAGAUGCCCGUGGACCCCAUCAACGGAGCUGCCAACUGCACUGAGAACCCUGACGCCGUCUUCUGUACUCUCACCUGCGAGGACAGCUACGCCUUCGCCAUGAGGCCUCAGCAGGACUACUUCUGCGCCUACGAUGGGAUCUGGCUGCCGGACGAGAACCCUAUGCCCUUCCCAGACUGUUCGGUGACGUCCGUGUCAAACAGCAUCUCUCAGUACGGCGAGAUGGCAAUGGGAGAAGAAGACGAUUCGAUCUGCGAUGACAUCUUCUUCAUGGGGCAGGUUGAAAAUCAGCUAGAAAAGAAACUGGAAGACGCACUAACAGCCAUGUGCUCUGAUGACGUCGUGUGCGAGGUGGCAGCGGUGGAGGCCGUGUGCGAAAGAAUCCUCGCCGACGCAGAGGAAGAAUUCAACUCCAUUGGCUUCUUCAGGAGAAGAAGGUCAGCGGAAGAAGACGCCCUGAACCGAUACUGGCCCCAUCGACACUCCGAAGCAGGCUGGCUGUACUGGCAGAGGGGGGCGGCAGGCGCGGCGGGAGAGAGGGUGAAGCGAGACGCUCUGCUGCGGGAGUUCGAUGCGCUCGACGACUUCCAGCGGCGGAAGAGGCAGUUCGGCCUGACGAUUCAACAGUUUCUCGGCGAGAAGACGACGACUCAGGCCCCGGCGACGGCGAGCAAUAAGGGGGAGAACUACCUCGGGGUCCUCAUCGACCUCAUCUCCAAAUCCCUCGCGUCCGACGUCAGCACGGUGCGGUUCAACUCCUUCCUCACCAAACUGAGUCCUCAUGAGGGGGACUUCACAACCAACGACUUCCUCCAGGCUUUCUCGGAGGAGUUCGGCGAGGACAAGACCAAAAGGCUCCGCGAACUGGCCGGCAAGCAGCUGAGUGGCAUGAAGAUCCCGGGGCUUCACCCUCUUGACGAAACGCAAGCCAAGAACCGCACAGCGAGGGACAACGACAGCGAGCCUUUCCCCUCGUUUCCCGGCGAUGAAAUCUCGUCGAAUGACUACGACGUCGAUUACGGUUCCCCUUCUAUCAUCUUCCCGGGUGAUCCUGAGCCGACGACGCCCGCGCCACCUGAGGGCAAGAAGACUUUUAAGAUACGAUUCACUGUAGAAGGUCACGGUUCAGGAGCGAAGGACCAGGUAGGAGAGGCUAUGGAUGGCCUCCUUAAAGCCGCGGGUGAUGGCCAGCUAGACGUGAACUUUGGCCAACGGCAGCUCCGUGUAGCGGCCAUAAGGCUCAAGGAAAAUCCAGAAUACCUUUGCGAACCCGGGAGCAUCUCGCAGGGUGACAAGUGCGUGAAGUGUCCCGUUGGCACCUUCUUCAACGUGGUGCUAAAAGAGUGCCAGUCGUGCCCAAAAGGAUCAUUCCAGCCUCAGGAGGGCCAGGUGUCGUGUAUCGUGUGUCCCUCCAACACCUCCACGAAAGUCAGCAGUGCCAAGAGCGACCAGGACUGUAAAGCCCAGUGUCUGCCGGGGUCCUUCUCCGAGGACGGGCUGGAACCGUGCGUGACGUGCGACCUCGGCCAAUACCAGGACGAGUACGCUUCUUUCUCAUGCGCCUCUUGUCCGCAUAACACCACGACUUGGAGGAGAGGCUGCUGGGUCAUCGAAGAGUGCCAGCCGGCCUGUGCCCCUGGCUCAGUGUCAGAGACGGGGCUGCAGCCAUGCUUCGACUGUCCCGUUGGUUUCUUCCAGGAGAAGAGCGGCCAGACCGAGUGCUUCAGGUGUCCUCACGGCGCGGAAACUGACGGCCAAGGCUCUACCUCCAUUUUCCAGUGCCAUGGCGUCACCGAGGGAGACCAGGCGGCGCACACGAGCCUGGACACCCUGACCAUCAACGACUGCUUCAGCACACCUUGCCUCAACGGCGGGUCCUGCAGCGCCUUAGACUUCGGAUACGUAUGCCAGUGUGUUUCUGGCUAUUCAGGCCAGCAGUGCGAGUCCGAGAUCGACGAGUGCGAAAGCGACCCCUGCUUCAACGGGGGGACUUGCCUCGACAUGCUCGACGGCUUCCACUGCGAGUGUCCGCCGGGGUUCACGGCCUCUCAGUGCGAAGUCGACAUCAACGAGUGUGAACCUGACCCCUGCCAGAACGGUGGCACAUGCGCCGACCUCACUGAUUCUUUCAAGUGUAUCUGUCAGAGUGGCUACACUGGCGAGGUGUGCGACAUGGACAUCGACGAGUGCGCCACCGGCCCUUGCGCUGAGGGGGCGACGUGCGAGGACCGCCUGAACGACGUGCUGUGUGUGUGUCCCCCGGGCGUGACGGGGCGGUUCUGCGAGACGCCCAUCAACGAGUGCGAGUCCUCACCCUGCGAGCACGGCCUCUGCAUCGACCAGGUCAACGCAUUCAAGUGCGUUUGUGAGUCGGGUUUCGAAGGCGACACCUGCGCCAUAAACACAGACGACUGUGCCUCUGCCCCGUGCCAGAACGGUGGCACUUGCACGGACUGGGUCAACGGCUUCGCGUGCGCCUGCAGCCCUGGGUACACUGGCAACAACUGCGAAACAGAGAUGUCAACGGAUUUCGUCCUCGAUUUCCCCAUGUCAGGAAUUUUGGAUUACGCGGCCAUAGAAAAGGUUUCUCGUCCCAUGAACAGCUCGUCGGCGUGCUUCUGGAUGAAAACGGAUGAUCGCGACAACUACGGGACGCCCUUCAGCUACGCCACGGAUUCCCAUGACAACGCCUUCACCGUCACUGACUAUAGCGGUUUUGUGUUGUAUGUGAACGGCGAUAAGCGCAUCACAGACGUCGGUGCCAACGACGGGAUGUGGCAUUUUGUGUGUGUCACCUGGAAGAGCCUUAAUGGUACUUGGGCCAUUUACCUGGACGGCCAGCUGGCUGACAGUGGCACUGGAUUGGCACCGAAUGCGACCAUAGAAGCCUCAGGGACACUGGUGUUGGGACAGGAGCAGGACCAACGCGGCGGCAGCUACAGUCCGCAGGAGUCCUUCCGAGGAGAAAUCACGCUCCUGAACCUGUGGGACGAGGAGCUCUCGCUGGCCAACGUCGCAGGAAUCUUCUCCCGCUGCGACAGAUACGUCGGGAGUAUCGUCGGAUGGCCGGACUUCCAGGCUGGGAUCAAGGGGCAGGUCAAGGUGAAGCCGUCGACCUUCUGCCGUGGCUGUGGCGUCCCAUCGAAGCCCAGCAACGGCCAGGUGCAGGUGAACGGCGGAGGUGCAGGUGCCGUGGCAACCAUCGAGUGCGACCAGGGCUUCAAGUUGUAUACCGGCAACGCUGAGAGAACGUGCCUUGUGUAUGGCAUGUGGUCCGGCCCAGAACCGGACUGUCGACGCGUUACGUGUGGCUUCCCCGGGUACCUGCUGAACGGACACAUCAAGGGCACCGCAUAUAGCUUCGGGGACGUCGUCAGCUACACGUGCAACCCCGGCUUCGUGCUCCGCGGGGUGGCCAACAGGACCUGCCAGGACGACGGAAUUUGGACGGGAGAGCACCCCGAGUGCGAAGUAAUCAAGUGCCCGAACCUCCACGCGGGUCCCAAUGGCCAGGUGACCAGUCAUCUCGGGAACUACAUGCCCACCAACCAAAUAUCCUUCGCCUGCGAGGAAGGAUACCUGAUGGACGGUCCUGCGGUGCUCACUUGCGGCGGCGACGGCGAGUGGGAUGGGAGUCCUCCUGCCUGCCAGUCGGAGGCUUGCGGGGAGAUGCCCAGCAUCGUGAAUGGGUACGCAGAGGGCGGCCCCGUCGUGCGGCCAGGGGAGCAGGUGGAGGUCAAGUGUAACGCAGGCUACAAGUUGCACGGCGAUCCCAUGGUCACUUGCAAGGAUGACUUCACGUGGUCGCGGCCACUCCCCAAGUGCAACGUCCCCAAGUGCGAGAAACCUCCGGCUGUCGUCAACGGCAGAGUCAAGGUGCGAGCUUCAACCACCUCCAGGGAGGCCGUCUACAUGUGCGAUCCUGGCUUCGUCGUGGUAGGGGCAAAGACCCUUUCCUGCGGCGCAGAUGGCGAGUGGAGCGGGCCUUGGUCCACGUGUGAAGCACUACCUUGCCCCAGCCCUACUGUGCCUGCCCACGCCGUCUUGCCCGAGAGGGAUGUGUGGCGAGUAGGAGACCUCCUGGCGUAUGAGUGCGAGUUGGGGUAUAUUCUGCAGGGGAGCAGCUUCACCGAGUGUAUCGACAACGGCGGCAAAGGCGAGUGGAAUGGUGCGGUUCCCAAGUGUGUGAUUGCUACGUGUCCGCCGCCCACCAAGCCCGAGAAUGGGAUCGUCUCAGUCGUGCACAGGCCUCAGAACCCUUCAGCUGAACACAAUACAUUAGUCCUCCCAACGGUGUCCGGGGAGUUUGAAUUUCGUAGAAAACGCAGUCUAGAUUUUCCUAAUUUUCCAAGCAUUGGCCAGUCUAGUUCUGACAAGGACCCUGAUUGGCUACCGGAAGAUUAUGAUUAUGAUAACUCGCAUGGUACUGGUCAAUCUGCGCUCGAUUAUUCUGAUUAUUCGCAGAACACAGGCCAGUCUACCACAGACUAUGAUUAUACUGGACAGAAAUCUGGCGGCUUUGAUGUCUUGGGGAAUAUUGGGGGUUCUGAUUACGAAGACUUCGGACAGCAAACAGGUGGCUUCGAAUUUUCUCAAAGUACAGGGCAGUCUGCUGAUUAUGAAGACUUUGGACAACAAAGUGGCUUUCAGUUAGGGACAGGUCAAUCCACAGAUUUUGACUACAUUGGACAGAAUACAGGUCAGACAUUUAUAUCUUAUGACGACUUGUCUCAGUCUAGUACGCAGCAAAGUGCUGGUGGUCUCAGUCUGGUACAAAAGGGUGACUAUGUAUAUGGUGCAGAAGUUGAAUAUGACUGCAGCCUUGGGUAUAAACUUCUUGGUGCCCGAAAAAGACACUGCACGGAAACAGGUGACUGGGAUUCACCAGAACCUCGAUGUUACGAACAGUUCUGUUCCGAGUUACCCCCUGUGCAGAAUGGAUAUAUCAUUUACCAUGGGUCUGGCGUUAAUAGUCAAGCAGAAUAUGUUUGUAAUCCUGGCUACAGCCUUGUUGGGGCAGACUUUCAACUAUUGUGCCAGAUGGAUAAGACAUGGGUGGGAGAAAUACCCACUUGUGAGAUCAUGGACUGUGGAGAUCCACCAGACAUUGAGAAUGGAACUAUCUCAUUCUCAACAACCACAUACGGUUCUAUGGCAACAUAUGACUGCUUCUUUGGGUUCGUGAUAGAGGGAAGUUUUGAGCGAUACUGUGGAGCUUUGGGCUUCUGGAAUGGCUCUGUUCCUCGCUGUAUUGCUGUUACCUGUGACCCGCCUGAGGUGAUUGAAAAUGGUUACAUAAGUUUUGAUGGAAGCCUGUAUGUAGGUUCCCCAAUAGAGUACGAGUGCAAGGUUUGUUACAAGCUAAAUGGGACACGAUACAGAACCUGCAAUACAAAUGGUACAUGGACCCUAGAGGCACCAACUUGCAACCAAAUAUACUGCAGUGAAAUUCCUGCUAGCAUCCCGAAUGGGAGAGUUAUAGGUGAUGAUAAUUCCUGUGGCUCACUCGUGGAAUACGAGUGUUCUCCUGGGUAUCGCAGAAAUGGCAGGCGGAAUGCCACAUGUCUGGAGAGUGGAAAGUGGAGUUCAGAAAUGCCAACAUGCGAGAGGAUCAGCUGUGGACCGCCACAUCUUCUGGCAAAUGGUAAUCAUAUAGGUCGGUCAUAUGAUUUCACAGACAAAAUUACCUUUGAAUGUAAUGAAGGCUACCUCAUGACUGGACCCAAGCUACGUGUUUGCCAAGCAGACGGUACUUGGUCUGAGUCUUCUCCUGUGUGUAACAUUGUAAAUUGCACCAAGCCUCAAGGACCCUCAAAUGCAAAGGUAAGGGUGAGUGGUCUGUUCUUUGGGUCUUAUAUUGAGGUGGUGUGCAAUCCAGGCUACACCAUGGAUGGGGACAAAGACUUAAUGUGUAAUGCAGAUGGAAACUGGGAUAAAGAAAUGCCACACUGCUUGCCAGUCAUUUGCCCACCUGCUCCCCAACUACCAUAUGCAACUUACAACUCGAGUGAGAAACAGUUCGAAGCCUUCACUGUCUUGAAAUAUACCUGUGACAAUGGAUAUCAUACUGCUGGAUCAAAUGACAUUUUGACAUGUGGAGCUACAGGUGAAUGGGAAGGCAAAGUAAUUCAGUGCCAGCCUGUGGACUGUGGAGAUCCUGGUACUCUGCCCAAUGGCGAUAUUAAUGGGAGCAAUUACACUUUCGGUGGCUUGGUAACCUUUACCUGCAAUCCAGGUUACAAGCUUUUGGGUUCCCCGACAGCAGAGUGUUUAGCUGACGGCUCCUGGAGCAAUUAUGUCACUUCCUGUAUACAGAUUCUAUGCCCAUCUCCAUUGCAGAUUACAAAUGGAAAGAUAGUGUCAGGUGGCAGUGGUAGUACAUUUGGUGCUACCGUAACCUAUGAAUGUGGCCCAGGAUACAUAAUGACUGGUGAUGCCACCAGGACGUGUACUGACAGUGGAUCCUGGACUGGAGACAACCCACAGUGUAAACCGGUGACUUGUCCAGAGCCAAUCGAGGCUCUGAAUGCUGAGAGAGAGGGUGACAUUUUCGAAUUCGGCCACAGCAUCAAUUACAAAUGUGCAGAAGGCUUUACAAUGCAGGGCGAGGAUGAGAUAACCUGCAGAGCAGAUGGAACAUGGUCAGAUACAGUCCCUGUAUGUGAGAUGGUGACCUGUUCUACCAUACCGGAUAUCGAGCAUGGUAGAUGGGAACUCAGAUCUUUGGGCGAAGUACCCAUCAAAACGGAGCCUAUUACUGCCAAGGGGCAUGCUAAAGGACAUGCUAAGGGGCGUACAAAAGAUCAUGGAAAAGUCGCCAAAUCUGCCAAGCUCCAGGAACUCUUGCAGAAUGCGGGCGAGGAAGGCAUCAUUCAUAAUUUCGGUGACCUGGUCGAGUUCGAAUGCGAUCCGGGUUAUGCCAUGACCACCAGCUCCUUCCUCGAGUGUACCGAGCGAGGCUGGAGUGCCCCUGUGCCGCAGUGUCACCCCGUCAUAUGCCCCAUCCCCAUCCAGAUCCGCCAAGGCAGUAUUACAGGCAGCAAUUACACCUUCGGCAACACAAUCACUUACACGUGCGACGAGGGACACGAGUUGGUCGGGGAGAGCGUCAGAACCUGCCAGGAAAACAAAGAGUGGAGUGGCACGGAGCCGUUCUGCAAGGAGGUCGAGUGUCCGCGGCCGGCUCCCCUGGACGACGGGCAGACAAUAGGCUCUGACAUUACGUACCAGUCCAUCCUCUCCUACGUCUGUGACCCAGGGUUCAAGCUGGAAGGGGUCAAAACUAGGACGUGUGGCAGCGACGGACACUGGACCGACGAACAGCCAACUUGCGUCGAGUUGUUCUGUUCUCUCCCUGACGAAGUCGCCCACGGCACGAGGAAUAUCAUCAGCCUUAGGGUCGGCGGCACAGUGAGGUACACCUGCAUGGAGGGCUACCGCAUGCGGGGCGCGGCGACACUCAACUGCGCCAACGACGGCGUGUGGGACUCGGCCGCUCCGAGGUGCGAGCAGGUGGACUGCGGUCCCGCGCCCUCCGCCCCCUUCGUCGUCAGCCACGGGGACUACACCGUUUACGGUUCGAAGGUGAGCUUUGGGUGCGAGCGAGGCUACCGCGCCGAGGGCCCCGAGUGGACCACUUGCCUGCAGUCCGGCAGCUGGAGCAACGAGGCCCCCGAAUGCCAGCUGGUCGUGUGCCCGCCGCCGUCCGCCCCUGCGCACGGGCGCGUGCUGAAUCAUGACGAUGACGGUGACUCCGCAGAAGAGCGAGAGAUCGAGGAGAUGCUCCCGGUCAUCCCGAGGAAGGGCGGGACGAAGACGAAGAAGACGAAGAAGGGGAAGAAAGGGCGGGGAAAAGCACCAGCAAGACUCGUGGCUCAAGAUUACCGCGUGGACGACGUAGUAACCUGGACCUGUGACGAAGGGUUCAGUACGUUUGGAGACACGAACGCCACCUGCCUUGAGGACGGCUCGUGGUCCUCGACGCCCCCGAGAUGCAGGAGGAUCUUCUGUGGAAUCCCCACUCUGCCUGACUACGCCAACGUCAAGGGCGACGACUUCCUAUAUGGAGCCAACGUCACGUACUCCUGUAGGGAGGGAUACGAACUGAAUGGAGAGAGCGUCCUCACCUGUACUGCCAGCGGCAAGUGGAGCUCCGAAACACCCACCUGCCAGCCAGUGUCUUGCGGGUCACCUACGAUCACACCGAACACACGAGUCACUUACAUUCUCCCCGAACACAACCAGCAACACAGCUUCGGUUCCACGGCCUCCUACUUCUGCCGGGAGGGCUACGAACUUAUCGGCGCACAGUACCAAGUAUGCGAAGUGAACGGCAACUGGGUGGGAGGCUCGCACACCUGCGUGGAAAGGCUCUGCGAGGAAUCCCCGGCGCUGGCUUUCGGCUCCGUCACGAGGGACGACAGAACGCGGCCGCAGGCGGCCUACUUCUCCUGCCUGCCGGGAUACAAUCUCGUGGGCGACAGCUUCGUGACUUGCAGUCUGGGGAAAUGGAAAGAUUACAACGCGACCUGCCAGCCCGUCAACUGCUACGAGCCCGAAAUCCCGAGCUACGGCAAGAUCACCGCCAAGCACUUCACCUUCGGUAGUGUGGCCAACUACUCGUGCGUGUACGGCUACAUGCUCGUCGGGAAUCCGUCGGUCGAGUGCGACGUCGACGGCUCGUGGAAGGGGGCGAUGCCGGUGUGCCAGCCCGUGGACUGCGGCGUGCCGGAGGCUCCGGCAAAUGGCCAGGUGGAGUCGACCUAUACUGACCUGGGUGCUGAGGCGCUGUACCACUGCGACACAGGCUACGAGCUCUUCGGCAACGACACGAGGACCUGCAACGCCAACGCGAGCUGGAGCGGCAACCUCCCGCAGUGCCACCGCGUGGACUGUGGCGAAGUGAAGCCGCCUCACAAGGGCUUCGUGAUGGGCGCCUCGACGCUCUACGGAGAUCGCAUCAAGUUCGCCUGCGAGAAAGGCUACGCCCUGCGCGGCCAAGACGAGGCGACGUGCGGCGAAUCCGGCGUCUGGUCCUCGGAGCUCCCCGCCUGCGAGCGCGUGCGUUGCGUCGCUCCCCUCGUCCCUCCCAACGCCGAACUGCCACCGUCUGCCCCGAGUUCUUACACUUACCAGGACCGCGUUCACUUCCGUUGUAAGGAGGGACACCUGAUGCGAGGGAAGCUCUCCUCUACUUGCUUGGAGUCUUCGUCGUGGUCUCCUGUGAGCGGCCAGUGUAGCAGAAUAUCGUGCGGGCGUCCGAAGGUGAAGGAAGGAGGUGUCGUGGUCCGCGGGAGGUACUACUACCAGGAUCGAGUGGUGUAUCGGUGUCCUGCGGGCAAAGUUCCCAAUGGAACGAAAGUGCUGACGUGCCAGGCUGACGGAACGUGGUCGGGAGUGGCAGCGUGCGUGAAGAAGUGUGCCAAACGGUGCCUCAACGGUGGCAUCUGCCUUAACAACAUCUGCUCUUGUCCACCGGGUUAUCAAGGCAACAGAUGUCAGCAUGCCCAGUGCCCGUUGCCCUGCCUGCACGGGGGCAUGUGUACGGGUCCUCAUCGCUGCACCUGCAUCCCAGGAUACACCGGGCCUCGUUGCGAAACGUACGUGUGCGAGAACGGCUGCGGCGACCAAGGAACGUGCAUCGGACCCAACGUUUGUCACUGCGACCGCGGCUACAUAGGGCCCGCUUGCGACACGGAAGACUAUGACUACUAUCGGGGGUAGCGGACCCCUCGCAGCUCAGGCUCCUUUAGUCACCCUCGAAGCGUGGCCGGUCCUCAGGCCUCUUCAGAAAGGACGGAAAGAGAAAAAAAAUAUAAAGAUCGAAGUGUCCUACCAACCGAGGACAUUUCUUCACGUAGAGAUAAAACUAAAUAACGCAUAGGUCUUAUACUGUUUGUACGAUAAACAAAUCUCUCAAGCAUUGUGUACUAAUAAUAAAACGCGGCUGUUUACUUCAUAGCAGAGUAGAUUACAGGAUAUUAGCUAUAAUUUCUGUGUAUAUAGUAUUCUCAUAAUGGACGUUGGUGUUUUGUGUCAUUAGUAAUGCAGUGAGGAAAACCUGUAGUCAUUAUCAAAGAUAUCUGUACGAUAAAACAUAUCA